AGGUAAACAGCAAUGGCUCAAGAAGCAGGUAUGUUCACGGUUCAGCAAACCAUUGGCAGUGUUUUGUGCUGCAAAUGUGGUGUUCCGAUGGCACCAAAUGCUGCCAAUAUGUGUGUGAAAUGUCUGCGUUCUGAAAUUGAUAUCACAGAAGGUUUGCAGAAGCAUGUUAUCAUCAUUCACUGCCCCGAAUGUGAUACCUAUUUGCAGCCACCAAGAACUUGGAUCAAAGCCAAACUAGAAUCAAAGGAGCUGUUGACAUUUUGUGUGAAGAGAUUGAAGAAUUUGAAUAAAAUCCAUUUAGUACAUGCGGAAUUUAUAUGGACCGAACCUCACUCAAAGAGGAUCAAAGUUAGGCUGAGAGUUCAAAAGGAGGUGCUUAAUGGGGCAAUACUAGAACAAGCUUAUACUGUUGAGUAUGUAGUGCAAGACCAAAUGUGUGAAUCUUGUACUAGGGUUCAAGCCAACCCUGACCAAUGGGUGGCUGCAGUGCAACUACGUCAGCACGUUUCUCACCGGCGAACUUUCUUCUAUUUAGAACAACUUAUUCUUAAGCAUGAUGCCGCUGUCCGUGCCAUAAGAAUCAAGCAGAUGGAUCAGGGAGUUGAUUUCUUUUUUGCUAAUCGGAGUCAUGCUGUGAAGUUUGUAGAGUUCCUGGGUAAAGUUGCUCCAAUUAAGAGUCGUCAUGACAAACAACUUGUAUCGCAUGAUACCAAGAGCAAUAAUUACAAUUAUAAGUACACCUUUUCUGUUGAAAUCUGCCCAAUUUGUCGUGAGGAUCUGAUUUGUCUACCUCCAAAGGUUGCAGUUAGUUUGGGAAAUCUUGGUCCACUUGUGAUCUGCACGAAGGUGAGUAACACCAUUGCUUUGCUGGACAUUUUUACUCUGAGACACUGUUUCAUGGAUGCUGACCAAUAUUGGAGGACAGCUUUUAAGUCCCUGCUUUCGAGUAGGCAGAUUAUGGAAUAUAUCGUGUUAGAUGUGGAGCCUGUUUCUUCUGAAAUAAAUGUUGGUGGUUCAAAGUAUGUUUUAGCCGAUGCCCAAGUAGCUCGUGUAGCAGAUUUUGGGAAGAAUGAUACACUGUUUACCGUAAGAACACAUUUAGGUCAUAUUUUAAAUCCUGGGGAUUAUGCUAUUGGUUAUGACUUAUAUAGGGCUAACAGCAAUGAUAUUGAAUUGGACAAGUACAAAGGUCUUGUUAUUCCAGAUGUGAUUCUAAUAAAGAAGAGCUAUGAAGAGAAGCGCCAGAAGAAGCGGGGGAAACCGCGUGCAUGGAAGCUUAAAUCUCUUAACAUGGAAGUCGAGGACUCUGCUAAAGCUACUGAUGAAGAGAAGAGGAGCUCAGAAUACGAACAGUUCUUGAGAGACUUGGAGGAGAACCCUGACAUGAGGUUCAAUAUAUCCUUGUACCAGAAUAAAGAAUACCAACCAUCAGAAAUGGCCUCCAUGACUGACGAGGAGGAUGUUCCUUCGAUACCUUUAGAGGAGUUGCUUGCAGAUCUUGAUCUAAGUGAGGAGGAAGCUCAGAAUGAUAGCAUGAACGAGUAAAUUGACGUGGUAUAUUUUUUUUUUCUGUUCAUUGUGGGGGAAGUAUUGUCAAAUCAAUAGUUUAGAUGUUUCAAUAUGAUUACUAGUUCCUUGUUUUCUCUGUUAUAGAAGUUUGAUAGAAAUUUGAUGGAAAGUUGUGUUACUCUACUAGCUCCUCCAACUAUGCGAUUGUCUUUUUGUUUGUCUCAAAAUCUAGCGGCGCGAGGAUAUUUUUUGUUAAAAUUG